AGCACCACUAGUGCUAGUUGUUGCAAUAUUUUUUUCUAGCUUUUAAUUUCAAUAUGCUCAACAGCAUUUCCAUGUUGUCGUUGCUGCGUUGAUAAAUCCGCUUGUAAUUGGUAAGAUGAAAACUACAGCAGGUUACACGUGGUGCUCGUGUAUUGGAACAUUUUUGAUGUAGAAGUACAGGAAGCAUUUUGCUAAAUGGAAGGGAGGAACGAGAAAAUAAUGCCGGGUCUUCGUUUGCCAACGUGCACAGAGAUUUAGACGAGGCAGCGGACGAGCCCUCUUCACGCGGUGAGUGGUUUACCACAGCAACAGCUUCGUUUGUGGGUCACAAGAUAUAAAGAAGUCUGUAAAAAGCGAAAAGGCAAACGUUAAUUUGUGUUUCGAACAGCGUACCACUUUGAAGCCUCUUGUUCAGCGUAUUGACCACGACCGUUUUUUCCACCGCGUCGGGGAGCGAUAAAAAGGGUCCGUUCCACGCAACGUGAUUUCGCGAAGCUAUCAAGUCGUUUUGUUGCUGUGACUUCCGGAUAUAGACGUCAAGAUGGUGGUGCUUUCCGCGGCGAUUCUAUCGAAGAAGAAGACGCUUUUAGCGCGUCAGUUCGUCGAUAUGACGAGGCUUAGGGUCGAUGGUCUGCUUUCGGCCUUCCCGAAGCUAGUAGACGCAGAGAAGGGCAAAGACCACACAUAUAUCGAGACUGAAUCGGUUCGCUACGUGUAUCAGCCAAUGGAGAACUUGUUUCUCCUUCUUAUCACCAACAAGACUAGUAACAUUCUCGAAGAUAUCGAAACUCUGCGUCUUUUAGCGAAGACAGUGCAGGAUGGAUGCAAAUGCGUUGCGGUAGAGUUCUAAUUAAGCGCUUGUGUUGGAUAUGGUUUCUCAAGUAAUCAAAUAGAUUCGAGUUGCGGCGUGAGGGCCGCCUGCGUUUGGAAAUCUACUGAUAAUCAUAAUACUGUAGACGUUGUAGUGGGGGGCUGUAUACUAGUCCAUCUUUGUUUGAGGGUCAUACUCAAAAACGAGUUUAGCGCUCGAAGUCAGUGUCAUUUAUCUUCUCGAUUGCUUAGUGCUGUGUCAAGUCAAAAGGAAAAGGAUGUUUUUCAAUACAUAGUAGUUAGCGGAACACUAAGAAUAGUUCUUCAUCAACGUCACCAGGUAUCAGAAGAGUCUGUGCUGCAGAACGCAUUUGAUAUUAUUUUCGGCUUCGACGAGGCCAUAUCUUUUGGGUAUCGGGAAAGCGUGACAUUGUCACAGAUCAAACAGUAUUUGGAGAUGGAGAGUAACGACGAGAAGCUAGCGCAAAGAAUAGAGCAGAGUAAGAUUAACGAAGCAAAGGAACUGGCUAAAAAGAAAGCUGCAGAACUGAGUCCAGAUAAGCACACGUCCUUCGGUUCCGCGGCCAUGUCGAAAGUCGAGAAUGAGAUUCACAGUACUUCUUUCUACUGUAGUGAGCAAAAAUUCUUAAAUGCUUAUCUUGCAUGCUGCACGAGUUAAAUUCAUCGAAGCAAAAGCAACCUAUCCUUCUUGAUGUAGAUUCAUCUUCAACAAAGCAAAAUGUUUCCAGUCGUGAUUAAUCCUUCUUCACAAUAUGAUGGUCUUCAUCUUCUUCUUAAUCUAAUAAAUCAAUAACUACUACAGCACAAUUGGAGCAGAAAGCACCGCUGAAAGAGGUAGAAACCUUCGCUUUCAGUCAACCGGCAGCGCCUUCCGCCACCGGAGCAAUACAAGCGAGCUUACCCAAGCGAGGUGUUUUUGUAGUUUCAGUUUCAUGAAUUGACAACUUGAGCCGCAAGGAGUAGCUGAAUCCAAAGAAAUUAGUGAUCUUCACUUUGCACAAAGAUCCUGGUUACAGCUCGUCAACUCGUCUCCAUGCUGUAGUCAGUUUCGGUCAGCUCCAUCCAAUUUUUUUUUGUUGAAUCACCAGGCAUGCAGCUCGGUCGCAAGAAACCUGCACCCGCAGUCGACGCCUUCUCGACGAUUAUGACAGCGAACACUGUACCAACAGAAAUGCCGUCUCAAACACAGCCUUCUUCCGCAGCACCAAGCUCGAUACCCGACGUUGUGCUAAAGCCAGUCGUAAAUCCACUUCAGGAACCGGUCUCCAUUUUAGUCGAGGAGACGUUAGAAGCGGCGAUGGGGGCGGAGGGAGGUCUGGAGGGCGACCUUACCCUUCAAGGCAAGUUUGAGGUACCUAGAAUUGUCGAGGAUGCUGAUGCAUUUUACUGAAGGUUUUGAUAUAAUUUGAAAUUGAAUCCAGCAAGUCUCCUGGCAGUACUUAUGCUAAGACUCUUUCCUCUUCCGAGAAAUUUCUUCAGCACUAGUAGUUGUCAAUGAUGUGACUACCAACUACUCUAAGCACAAAAACUCUGACAGAUAACCGUCCACGAUGAGUCAAAAGCGGACUUAGCAACGUUCAAGCUUAAAGAAUUGAACAACAAGUUCAAGUAUCGGCUGCAUCCGAACCUGAAUAAGACGCAGCAAGCUAACAAUGUCCUCGAAAUACGAGAUCCAAGUAGGAAAUAUCGACCAAAUUCAGCAGCUGCCUUGCUGAAAUGGCAAUACAAAGGAGACCAGGAGGACCUCGUGCCGCUAUCGGUAUGCAUAUGCUAUUUCCUUUUGUCGCAAUUGCAAGAUGAAACUGCUCCUUUGUUUUGCAAUGUUUGUCAGGCAAAACUACUCCUUGGUAUAAAUAUAUUAGAGUAGUUUAUAGACGCUGGGCUACGCUGGGUGGCUGGGCGGCCUCGCUGGGAACGCUGGGCGGCAACGCGGGGCACGCUGGGCGGCAACGCUGGGCACGCUGGGCGGGCGCAUGGAUGGCGCUUAGCGGACUUGAGGGCCACACAUUGGGCGUGCCGGGCCGCCGUAAGGUUCAGGACAGCGCUGGCGCAGUGCUGCGCCAGUUUGCGCAGCAGCGGGCUGCGCGGCGCCUGCUCUGUUCAGGCUUGCACUGCGUCGCGCUGCACCGCGCUGCUCGAUGCGUGCAAUGCUGCGCCGCUCCUGUGCACAACGGUAAACUCGCCGCCGUCGUUGGCCUUGCCCUACGCUAGACUAGCGCCGCUUGUGGGGUUGUCAAGCGGGCGCCCGAAGGGCGCCCCGCAAUUGGAGACGCCCAGCGUCACGCUGGGCGCAGAAUUCGGCAGAUCUGGCAGAUUUGGGUCGCCCAGCGUCCCAGUGUGCCAAGCGUGCCCAGCCCAGCCAUGUUGGGAACCCUUAUAAACUUUUCUAAUAUAUGAUAAUUGGAUCAGUUGUCCUUAUGACCACCGCCGAUAAGUGCGUACACCUACACAGGUAACAUGCUGGCCAAGUCCAGAGGCAGACGGGAUUCAGAUGAUUAUCCAGUAUGAAUUGACAAAUGAUGAUGUGAAGCUUGAGAAUGUCAUCAUGCGGAUACCCACAAGUGGAUCAGUGCCGCAAGUUAAGUCUGUGGAGACAGGAGAGGCUGGCAUGGUUGGCGCGGAUUGGCUCCAGUGGUACUUGUCACUUAACUACAUCAUGCUGGAUUUGUGAAGCAGAAGUCGCCUAUGUAAAAAACAGAGAGCAUUACGUUGAUCGAUGAAAUCGAAUGUAAUUUCAAGAUCAAUCUGAGGCUCCUGUUGCUUAAUGUUGAUCUUCCUCCACAACCAUAGACUGACCCAUUUCCUAUUCCAAACAUCAGGGCCAUCCCGUCAAUCGAUGCAUCUUCGAACGCGGGAACCUUGGAGUUUUUUAUUCGAGUAGAUGCUGCGAAUCUGUUGCCAGUGCAGGUGCGUGCUUAUUCGCAGGAAACGGUCUGUCCAAUGGAUUUGACCUCUGUCUACCACAUGACCACCCAGGAUCAGCUUAAAUAUGCUCUCAGUAAAAAAUGCGAGUACCAACUGACGAUUGGAUAAUCGCGAAUCACGGGCAAGCUGGCUUGUUGUAACGAACACACUACAAUGUUUCCGAGACGAAGCAAGUAGGCGCUUUUUACCUGUACCUGUAGAAUAAUGGACGAGUUUCGAAAUCGCAGUAGCAGCACAACUGAUCGCGAUCAUCAAUAUACCGGCGUUCACUAUCAAGUAGCAGAUAUGCCCUAAAAUUCUCCCCCCUUGCUGCUCCACAGCACCUAUUGUGCCGCAAAUCCGAGCUCCCGUAGCCUCUGUACUAACCUCCCUGCGCCGCCCUGGUAGCAGAAAGAAAAAGCUGCCAAUUAAGAUUACGUAUUUUCCCAUUCCCGGAGUUUUCACCAACAUAGCAUGACAUACACCGUCAGGCUUCACAUAACCACGAUCGAAACUUCAAAGAAGCUGAAAAUGAAUACUUCUUCAUCAAUGUCAGUUUUUGGAAAUUUCAAAUUCACGCUAGGUUGUUUUGGACAGCCAAACGGUGAAUGUGUACAAACGACCGCAAGGCCGUGGGUAGAACAAUCAACAAUACCGAAAGAGGUAAUAUCGAUUUGUGUGUCUCUCAGAAACUAUCGUUUUCUUUUGGUAUUGGUUUAACUCUAAGGCGAACAAUGAUGCAGCUGCUCGAUAUCCUUGUCACUUUUGUGCACAUGAAUAUUACGGUUGCGUACAGGUAUCUGAGACCACGUUCAAAGACUUCGUCGGUGCGAAGCUGGUGGCCCGAGG